AUGUUAUCUCCACUCUGUGCCAGGGAGCGGAAGCCAGAGUCCGAGCUGUCCUGGGGGACUGGGCAAGAGCUUAAGACGGGCGACCCGGGCAGGGAGGGCACAGACCAUCACCUCAGGCACAUCCAGGCAUGGGACAUCUACGGUUGGAAGAUGAGGGUCCUGGUCUUCACAGUGGAAGGGUCCCUAGACCAGGCCCGCCCACUUGCUGGCCGCCUGCCUGGUCCAUUUGCUCCUUGGACGUCCAGGCCCAGCUGGCUUCUGGCCAAGCUCAAGGCCAGCAGGAAGACUAAGAAGAAGGAAGGGGGGGGCCUACGGGCCCAGAGGGCAUCAUCCAACGUCUUCUCCAACUUCGAGCAGACCCAGAUCCAGGAGUUCAAGGAGGCAUUCACACUAAUGGAUCAGAACCGAGAUGGCUUUAUCGACAAGGAGGACCUAAAGGACACCUACGCCUCACUGGGCAAAACCAACAUCAAGGAUGACGAGCUGGAUGCCAUGCUCAAGGAGGCCUCAGGGCCCAUCAACUUCACCAUGUUCCUGAAUAUGUUUGGGGCAAAGCUGACAGGUACGGAUACUGAGGAGACCAUCUUAAACGCCUUCAAGAUGCUGGAUCCUGAUGGCAAAGGCAGCAUCAACAAGGACUACAUCAAGCGGCUGUUGAUGUCCCAGGCAGACAAGAUGACCGCCGAAGAGGUGGACCAGAUGUUCCAGUUUGCUACCAUCGAUGCUGCAGGCAAUCUGGACUAUAAGGCAUUGAGCUACGUGCUCACCCACGGGGAGGAGAAGGAGGAGUGA